AUGGUCAAGACAGUCAGCGUCGAGGUCGACACCAUCCUGUUUGACAUGGAUGGCACGUUGAUCGAUUCCACCCCUGCUGUAAAUGCCACAUGGGCUUCAUUUGCGCAGCAAUACAAUCUCGACCUGUCCUUUGUCAUGCAAACGUGCCACGGCUACCGAACGGUUGAGAAUCUUCGACGAUUCAUCCCAUCGAUCUCGGAUGCUGAGUUGCCCAAAGAAGUGGAACGGUUCGAGUCCAACAUUUUGGUUGUUGCAAAGCAGAAUGCGGCGAAAGGGCAAGGUGGAUCGAUUGUUGCUAUGCCUGGAGCCAAGGAGUUGCUGGAUCAGAUCAAUUCGGGACGUCCGGAUGCUGCGGUAGAGAAAGGCAACUACGGCUGGGCUAUAGUUACCAGUGCAACCAAGGCGUACGCACAACAAGGUUUUGCAAGUGCCGGUGUGAGCAGUCCGCCCGAGGUAUUCAUUACCUCGGACCUUUGCACAAAAGGCAAGCCUGAUCCACAACCAUACCUUAUGGGCGCCGAGAAGACCGGCCAAGAUAUCAGUCGCUGUCUUGUCGUAGAAGAUGCGCCACCGGGCGUACGUGCAGGCAAGCGUGCAGGCGCCAAAACCCUCGCAUUGAGAACCACCCAUGACGGCGAAAAAAUGCAACAAGAAGGCGCCGACUACAUCGUCGAAGAUCUACGAAGCGUACAGGCCAAGUGGAAACACGAUGGAAGCGGACUCGUCUUAACAAUCCAAGCAGAGCAACCCGAGAAAGGCGAGGCAAAAGGUAUCUCCGAGUUGGCGAAACAGAUUCAGUUGCAGAACGAUCCCACCUCAAACACCCACGCCGUCAACGGUCAGCCGUAG